ACCCCCAAACCCGAAAUCGCGGCACCUGCGGGGACACCCCCCGACCCCGAGAGCGGGACACGCGCGGGGACACGUCCCCGGGGAGGGGCGGGGGGAGCCGAGCGGCAACGCGGGGUCGUGGUGCGGGGCAGGGGCGGCGGCGGAGCAGGAGGAGGAGGAGGAGGAGAGAGGGGGAAGGUGGCGGCGGCGGCGCCGUGGGACGUGAGCGCGCGGCGGGACGUGGACGUGGGUGUGCGGCGGGACCUGAGUUUGCAACGGGACCCGAGUGUGCAACGGGACAUGGACAUGGAUGUGCAACGGGACAUGGACCCGAGUGUGCGGCGGGACCUGACUUUGCGACGGGACCUGAGUCUGCGACGGGACCUGAGUGUGCAACGGGACCUGAGUGUGCAACGGGACCUGAGUCUGGAACGGGACCUGAGUGUGCAACGGGACGUGGACCUGGUGCAAUGGGAGCCACACGUGCAACGGGAGCUGAGUGUGCACCCGGAGCUGAGUGUGCAAGGGGACACGGACACGAGCAUCCGAUGGGACCCGGGUGUGCAAUGGGAGCCACACGUGCAGUGGGACACGGACACGGGUGUGCAACGGGACACGGGUGUGCAACGGAAGCUGAGUGUGCAAUGGGAUCCACGCGUGCAAUGGGAUCCACGCGUGCACCGGGACAUGGGUGUGCAACGGGAGCUGAGCGUGCAAUGGGAUCCCCACGUGCAGUGGGACGUGGACACGAGUGUGCAACGGGAGCCGGGUGUGCAACGGGACAUGGACACGGGUGUGCAACGGAAGCUGAGCGUGCAAUGGGAUCCACGCGUGCAGUGGGACAUGGACACGAGUGUGCAACGGGACCUGGGUGUGCAACGGAAGCUGAGCGUGCAAUGGGAUCCCUGUGUGCAAUGGGACAGGGACACGAGUGUGCAACGGGACCUGG